GAUCAAUGUCCAAUACCAAUCUUUCGACUAUCAGCAACACAAAUUCAAGCAGCAAUGUAAACAUUGGACCUUUAUCUCAGUACUCUGGUUCCACAGAGGGACUGGCAAGUGGUCUUCCACUGGCUUCCGGACGCAACAGUGUAUCUAUAUCUGGCAACACGGUUGUGCCCAACAUGGAUGAUAUACUUGAUAAACUAAAUUGUCUUGACUACGUCAAACAGUUUAUUAGACCAAAUAAUAUAAUUCCAUUUCAUAGAUUUUACUUUACUGCACCAGCAGUCAAUUCAAAUGAGCAGUUCUAUCGCUUUGUACUGCUGACGUCAUGGUUACUGAAAGUAUCUAAUCAUGCAUUUGAACCGGCUGGACAGUUUGACGACCCCAAUGCCGUAUCGGCCAACAUUGCUGCCGAGUUGAAAAAAGCUGGGAUUCAGUUUGAUUACCCCCCGACAAAACUUAAACAGGGAUACGGAGAAGCUGUAUUGUUUUCAUUGCAAUCCCUUGUCGAUAUGGCUAUGGUAUCCACCAAGUUUGUUUUUCAAAAGCCUAUUCACAAAAUUGACGAUUAUCCUGAAGAGGCUGAAGUAGAUGUAGACGCUGAGGUUACCACAGAAGAUGUCGAGGACAAUACGCCCGAGGUUGAAGAAGAUGAAGAAAUGUACAUGGGAGCAAUGCAGUCUGAAAAGGUCUCCAGCGAUACAAAAUCAUUAGCUCCGACGAGCAUAAAGAUUGAUCCCAGUGAAUGGAAACUUGAGGUAGAACGAGUUACGCCCAUGUUAAAGGUUCAAAUUCCAAAUGACAACAAAGACUGGCGUGUGCACAUUGAGCAAAUCAAUCAUCACCAAAAGACUAUUCAAACAUGCAUGACAGAUACGCAUGUCCAAUUGGCAAAGCUGCAUUCAGAGAUUGAAAAAACGCUUGAAAAGAUUGUCUCGCGUGAAAAGUACAUCAACACACAGUUUGAAUCUCAAAUUGAUCAGUACAGAACUCUUCAAGACCAGUCGUCUGAUGUCAGACAAAAGUAUAACGUAUUGAGCUCGAAUGUGAGUGAACUCACAAAUGAGCUGUCUCGGAUUUCUGAAGAGCUGGAUAGCGUCAAAUCAAGAAUGGACGAUCUUGGAAAUGGCAUGACCGACUCUAAACCAUUGGUUGGAAUCAAACAAGGUCUUGCACGACUCAAGACUGAAACCAAGCAAAUGGAUCUACGUAUUGGAGUCAUUGAACAUACGUUGCUACAUGCCAAACUUAAAAACAAAGGCCCGAUUGGACCAGAUGCAAAUUCAUUCUCGGCUCAAGUACUGUCUUUUUUUAACCUUUAGAACAAUAAAGAUGGCUGAAUAGAAUGCCUUGAUUCAGC